ACUCCCGAGGCUCUAUCUGGAGGGAACCCUUAAGUCUGCACUUCUCGCAUUCACUACCCAGUGCUGCUUUCGGCUCAGAAUUCAGCUCCGAGCCCGGAGAGGUCGGCUUCCCGUUCCCACAACGCUCUGCGAAGCACGCGGCGCCUGUUGGGAGCUGUAGUUCUCGCUCUGCGUACUGCGUCCACCGAGGGGGAGGGCGGAGCUGCCGGCGGCCCGGGCGGGCUGGCAGCUAGAGUGGGUGCGAUUACCGCCUCCGCCUCUGCCGCCUCCGCCGUCGCCUCCUCCGCACGGGCGGUUCGCUGCUGCGCGGGGAGAGCGAGGCGGGGCCGCCGGGGCCGCCAUGGAGCCCGACUCGGUGAUUGAGGACAAGACCAUCGAGCUCAUGUUACCGAAGUGCAUGUUUGGGAUUUUGUUGAAGAAAGCUGGAUACAGUAAACGGAAAGGAUCUUGGGAGCUGCUUGACUGCUGUCUUUUCUCAGACUAGUCUGAAAGGGAACCCCCCAUUCACUCUGGAUCGGUGGAUCUGAAGUACAGAAUAUUGUCCAGUGUUCUGUGCCAAGGUCUUUGUGGCUAGGCUGCGCCAACCUGGUAGAGAGCAUGUGCGCACUGAGUUGCCUGCAGAGCAUGCCCAGUGUCAGAUGUCUCCAGAACACUUCAGUUAUGGAGGAUCAAAAUGAAGAUGAGUCCCCCAAGAAAAAUACUCUUUGGCAGAUAAGUAAUGGAACAUCGUCUGUGAUCGUCUCCAGAAAGAGGCCAUCAGAAGGAAACUAUCAAAAAGAAAAAGACUUGUGUAUUAAAUAUUUUGACCAGUGGUCGGAAUCGGAUCAAGUGGAAUUUGUGGAGCACCUGAUUUCCCGGAUGUGUCAUUACCAGCAUGGACACAUUAACUCCUACCUGAAGCCCAUGUUGCAGCGGGACUUCAUUACCGCCUUACCAGAGCAAGGCUUAGAUCACAUAGCAGAAAACAUCCUUUCCUACCUGGACGCCAGGUCUCUGUGUGCGGCGGAGCUGGUCUGCAAAGAAUGGCAGCGUGUGAUCUCCGAGGGAAUGCUGUGGAAGAAGCUGAUUGAGCGGAUGGUGCGCACGGACCCCCUGUGGAAGGGACUUUCCGAAAGAAGAGGGUGGGAUCAGUACCUGUUUAAAAACAGACCCACAGAUGGCCCUCCCAAUUCAUUUUAUAGGUCAUUAUACCCAAAGAUUAUCCAGGAUAUAGAGACUAUAGAAUCUAACUGGCGGUGUGGACGACACAACUUGCAGAGGAUUCAGUGCCGCUCUGAAAAUAGUAAAGGUGUCUACUGUUUACAGUACGAUGAUGAGAAGAUUAUCAGUGGGCUACGAGACAAUUCUAUUAAGAUUUGGGACAAAACCAGCCUGGAAUGUUUGAAAGUGUUGACGGGGCACACGGGCUCCGUCCUCUGUCUGCAGUACGAUGAACGUGUCAUUGUGACCGGCUCCUCGGACUCCACAGUGAGAGUCUGGGAUGUGAACACGGGCGAGGUUCUGAACACGUUGAUCCACCACAAUGAGGCUGUCCUGCACUUACGCUUCAGCAACGGACUGAUGGUGACCUGCUCCAAGGACCGCUCCAUCGCGGUGUGGGACAUGGCUUCUGCCACCGACAUCACUCUGCGCCGGGUCCUGGUUGGCCACCGCGCUGCUGUCAACGUAGUGGACUUUGAUGAUAAGUACAUCGUGUCUGCCUCUGGUGACAGAACCAUCAAAGUCUGGAGUACGAGUACCUGUGAAUUUGUUCGUACUCUGAAUGGGCACAAGCGAGGCAUUGCCUGUCUCCAGUACAGGGACCGGCUGGUUGUUAGUGGAUCAUCAGAUAAUACCAUCAGGCUAUGGGACAUUGAAUGUGGCGCCUGCUUAAGAGUCCUAGAGGGACAUGAAGAGCUGGUGCGGUGCAUCCGGUUCGACAACAAGAGGAUUGUCAGCGGGGCCUAUGACGGGAAAAUUAAAGUUUGGGACUUGCAAGCCGCUCUCGACCCGCGAGCCCCAGCAAGCACGCUGUGUUUGCGCACCUUGGUGGAGCAUUCUGGUCGUGUGUUUCGGCUACAGUUUGAUGAAUUUCAGAUCAUCAGCAGCUCUCACGAUGACACUAUUCUGAUUUGGGAUUUCUUAAAUGUGCCUCCCAGUGCCCAGAAUGAGACCCGUUCUCCCUCCAGAACAUACACUUACAUCUCCAGAUAACAGUCUGCACUUUACCCGUUUCAGGGUUUCCUAUUUUUGAACUACUGGCUACAUGGCUACCAAAUGCCUAAGGAGUUCUUCACAGCUGAGUUAUGAAGCUGGAAUUGGUUCUAGACGCUGGGUAGAUGCAAAGCAGCCAACUCAAGUACCGACAUUUCUCACCUCCGGUUCCGGCCUCCGCUCUGAGAAGGGUCCCUUAGCUUCCACCGACUUCAAGUAGGACCGAAGCCCAUCUCCUCCCCAUCAGUGAACAGAUCUCAUGCUUCAGAUGUAAAUUGGUCAGAUAAAAGGAACAUCCAGUCUGUUUCCCAGAAGUAAAUCGACAGAGAAGACUUGACCUCUAAUUUAUAUUGCUUUGCACUUUGGUCUGCUACUAAGAAACAGCAUUCUUUGGUGAGAUUUUGGGUGCCAAACACCUACCCAGAAUGCCCAGGGCUUUCCUUUGCAGAAGUUUCCUUUUGACUGUCCACAUCAUUCUGAAUUCUGACUUGUAUUAGGAAUAUGUUGGACAAUGGAAAAAUUUCUCUGGAUUGUUUUAGUAAUAUUUUUUGGAUUCUACUUCCUUUUGGUAUCAUUUCUCUUAAUUUAAAGAACUGUAAGCCGGUUAUAUUAUCUCCCGACAGGUAAUAUAGCUCUUUUCUUUUAUUAACUGUUCUUUGUACCCAACCCGCUCCUGAUACUCGGUAGAGGAACACCUUUACACAUGUGCUUGCCUCCUAAUUUAAAUACUGUACCCGCAUGUAGAUAUGAUGUACAUAACAGUUUAACCUCAAGGUUGCUGGAGUCGGCCCCGUGCCUGAGACACUAAUACAGAGUGUGUUCCCACGUAGCCAUGGGCUGGGCUCAAGAAACCGAUGCCAGGGUUACUGUGGAUUCCCUAGACCCUCCUGCAGUAUUCAUACGGUGUUUUUAUUUUGUCAUUGUCGUGUGUGUGUGUGUGUGUGUGUGUGUGUGUGUGUGUGUGUGGUGUUUUUAAUGGGAAUCUUGUUUUAAAAUGUAAUUUCUAAAGUUUAACAGAAUGUUUCUUUGUGGGGUAGUAUAUACAAUAGAGAGGUACCUGAGAAUUCUUUUGUUCUUUUCCUCAUGAGAACUCCUGAGUGCUAGUGGUCCCUUCCCAUGGUAUUCAUUUGACUUCACCGUCAAAAACCAGGAUUCUGUGCGUUAGUAACCCUGGGCAGGGAAGAACGGGAAGGCCCUACUGACGGGCCCCGGAAAUCAUGCAUCUGGCUCGUGGGGACGGUGGCAGGCCCCGCGUGUGAACUGGUGUCCGCGCACCAGGUCAGGCUGGUGCCGAGGCCUGUCGAGCGGAAGGGUACUCCGACCUGGUGCAAAGCCUCAGACUCACCAAUCCCACCCGUCGCCUCCGGGGGCGUUGGCUGCUGUGGCCCCGGCAGGUUCACAGGCUCUCGCGUGCUCGGCAACCGACUGCUAAUGGCUCGAUCAUGCUGACUGCGUGGGAAGGGCUGGAGCGCCCAGCUGUCACUCCUUCCCCUUGCUCCAUACUAGGUUUUGAUUUGCCCCUCGCCAUUGUGUCCAAAGAUCAAGGAACGUCAAUAACAUUUAAAGGACCAAUAGAACCUCCUGGUGAUGAAACCUCUUCCCGUGGAAGCACACUACUCCGACAGAAGGUCCCUGGGCUCGGUGUUGUCUUCGCGUGGGGAACGGUGUGGGGAUCAACGCGUGUGUGAUUUGUUUAUCGGGUUGGCUUGGCUUUUUCCUUUUUUUAAACAUCCUUCCCUCCCACAUUACUAAAUUUCUGUUCUUGAGAAAUUGAGCCUCACAGUGUAAAAAAAUUGCCUCCAUUCAUAAGGUAGAUGUUGUAAGCUUGACAGAGGUUGUGAAAGUGAUGUAACUUUUAACGCUCUUCAUCUUACAGCGCUCCUAGCGGAACGACUGGGAGAGCCCGGGGCGGGGGCGGGUGGGGAGGAGGCAAUUGUGAACGAAUGGACUUUCUGUUGUUUUUGCAUGUUUAAUAUAAAGUUCUUGUUCCUUGGGAGAUCAUGGCCUUUGAACAUGCACACGACCUUUGAAUUGUGCCUACCAAAUUAUAGCAGGGACUUUGGCAGCCAAGGAAUCCUGACUCUGGGAGUAUAGUCAUAAUUCCCAGCCGUACUCUGGACUUUAUUUUGCUAACCCAUAAUUGAGCAACUGUAAAUUACUGCUAUAUUAAUGUUUGAAAGCACUGGUUUAGUCUAAUUCUAACUUGUAAUUAAUUAUGUUUGCCAAUUAUCUGUUUGAAAUAAAUUUGUGUCUGGACAGCUAUUGAAACUGUUAAAUUGUACAGAUAUUAUUCAUGACAGCUUUGUACUGUGGAAUGUGCUUAAUAAAAAACAAAAAGUUGACCUUUGUCCAAUAAAUUGCUAAGUAAUGUCAAUAAAUCAAGUAUGAGUAUUAUGCAGUACAUCUAACCUGGCUUCAUGCAACUGUUACUUCAGCUACUAAUUCAAAGCCAAUACUCUUAAUAAAGUGUUGCAAUGCUCUGA